CGGUGGCAGAUGCACCCAGCAGUGGCAGCCGCCGGCGGCGCACAGGUGACCGGCCUGCGGCGCAGCCUGGUCAGGGGGCGCCCGGAGAGUGCCGGCUGGAGAGGGAGACCGAUCCGCCCCCAGCGCGCGCGUGUCUCGGCGCCAGGAGCCGUCCCGGGGCGUGUUGGCGAGAGCUGAUAUAGAUAUAAGGACAUUUCUCUCCAUGGCGUCACGUGACAUAAUUACCACCAGAAUCAAUCAAGAUGAAUUGCACGUCAGCGCCCGGUGGGGAUUUUUGCUUAGUUGAUCCUGGCCCAAGCCUCUUGUGCAAUCGAUGGCUCAGGUUGGCGGCGCGGGGAGCGGCCCGGGGCUCGCCGGCGCGCACGCCGCGGAGCCAUGAACGACUUUGAUGAGUGCGGCCCGAGCGCAGCCAGCAUGUACCUGCCGGGCUGCGCCUACUAUGUGGCCCCGUCGGACUUCGCCAGCAAGCCGUCGUUCCUAUCGCAACCGUCGUCCUGCCAGAUGACUUUCCCCUACUCUUCCAACCUGGCGCCGCACGUCCAGCCCGUGCGCGAAGUGGCCUUCCGCGACUACGGCCUGGAGCGCGCCAAGUGGCCGUACCGCGGCGGCGGCGGCGGCGGCGCGGGGGGCGGCGGCGGCGGGGGCGGCCCCGGCGGGGGCGGCAGCGGCGGCGCCGGGGGCUACGCUCCCUACUACGCGGCAGCCGCGGCGGCGGCGGCGGCGGCGGCGGCGGCUGAGGAGGCGGCCAUGCAGCGCGAGCUGCUCCCUCCCGCGGGCCGCCGGCCGGACGUGCUCUUCAAGGCGCCCGAGCCAGUGUGCGCCGCUCCCGGGCCGCCACACGGCCCCGCGGGCGCCGCCUCCAACUUCUACAGCGCUGUGGGCCGCAACGGCAUCCUGCCGCAGGGUUUCGACCAGUUCUACGAGGCUGCUCCCGGGCCCCCGUUCGCCGGGCCGCAGCCCCCUCCGCCUCCUGCGCCGCCACAGCCCGAGGGCGCUGCCGACAAGGGCGACCCCAAGACGGGGGCCGGUGGCGGCGGGGGAAGUCCCUGCGCCAAGGCGACCCCCGGCGCGGAGCCCAAGGGGGCGGCAGAAGGAGGCGGCGGCGACGGCGAGGGGCCCCCGGGGGAGGCGGGGGCUGAAAAGAGUGGCGGCACAGUGGCCCCCCAGCGGUCCCGGAAAAAGCGCUGUCCCUACACCAAGUACCAGAUCCGCGAACUGGAACGCGAGUUUUUCUUUAACGUGUACAUAAACAAAGAGAAAAGACUCCAACUCUCUCGGAUGCUCAACCUCACUGACCGGCAAGUCAAAAUCUGGUUCCAGAAUCGAAGAAUGAAAGAAAAGAAACUGAACAGAGACCGUCUGCAGUAUUUCACUGGAAACCCCUUAUUUUGAGAGCUCCAG